AGUCGAUCUUGUGUUACUCACAGUACUCACAUUACUACCUUACAACUUUUUCCGAAAAAAAAUAGAAAUGCUGCGUCCCUGCUCCCGCUUUCGGUCUCUCGCGAAGACCGCCAUGACGCCCCUCCUGCCCAGUGUAGUCCUCAUGUUUCUUUACGACCAGAUUGCCGACACUUUUGUCCAUGCCGAGUCCGCGCUCUCGCAGGCCAAGAAGACGCACACACUGAAGCUGGAGCGGGUGUCCGCGAGCAUGCGGGAGCGACGCCAAUUGACGGAGCUGCGGUACUAUGAAUUGCAAAUAUGUCUGGGUCUGGAAGGUGGUAACUUGUCAUGGUAAACUUGAAGCAUACAAAAAUCUGUGCUGCAUGAGUGCCAAAAGCUGUCCACUUUCGAUCAAGUUGGGAGGGAGUUUCUCAUGCAGGAUAGGCAUGGCAGAGACCUCGCAGACUCUGUCAUGCGAAGUCCCGCACUCCAGACCUCAUGGGUCAUGGAAAAUCUGCAUGACAAGUUUACACUCUUCCAGACCCAGACAUUUUUGCACUUGAUAGGUACAAGCAGCACCUGGGUUCCACUUCCACUUCAACGACCGCGAGCCAGGCGGCGCGGCAGGUCCACGCGUCCGAGUACUUCGGGCGGAUCCAGAUCGGGAAUCCGCCCCAGGAAUUCCUGAUGGUGUUCGAUACCGGGAGCGGAAAUUUGGUCGUGCCGAGCCACGAGUGCACGGACAGUGCCUGCGUGAAGCACGCCCGGUUUGACGCGCGGAAGAGCAAGACGGUGAAGCAGAUCGCCUACGCGGACGACCCGGAAAAAGAGGCCACGGUGGGCAUGGACCGCGACGUCGUCACCAUCACGUUCGGCACCGGCGAGAUGAGCGGCGUGUUUUUGGAGGACAAAGUCUGUGUCGGCCACAUCUGCCCGAGGACGCACUUCGUCGCGGCCACACAGGAAAGCGACGAGCCAUUUUCCCUCGUGCCGUUCGACGGUAAUUAUCUAUGAUUUCCUCGAUUUGUGCAGAUGUCAUUUUGAUGAUGUCUAUCUCUAUCUAACUGAAACUGGUUUAUAUUAUCGUGUUUGUGUGUGAUCAUGAUUCUCUUCAUCUUCCACAAUGAUUUGUGAAGGUGACGGAGCAGCAAAGCAGUGCCUCUCGUGAAGGUACUUGCCACAUGUCUAUCUUUUACACAUCAAUCACUUCUAGGUAUUUUCGGCCUCUCGCUGCCGGAGAUGAGCGAAGGGCGUUCCUUUAACGUGGUCGACCGCAUGAUACAGGAGCAAAUGUUGAAGCACAAUCUUUUCUCCGUCUACCUGGGCCACACCGCGGCGGAGGAAGAGGAUGAUGAAAACGUAAACGAGCAUAGUAGAAACAAAACUGUCGCCACUGCUCUGACCGCGCCGGCCACGAGUUCAUCAACCGAAAACGAGAUCACUUUCGGGGAGUACCGCCCCGAGCGCAUGGCGAGCCCGUUGAUCUGGGUGCCCGUCACGCAACCGGGGUACUGGCAGGUCGAGAUUUCGGACCUGACCAUCGACAACAAGCCGCUGAAGCUGUGCGGCGAGCGCCACUACGGAUGCCAGGUAGCGGUGGACACGGGCACCAGUCUGAUGGCCGGGCCAAGCUACAUCGUGAACCAGCUGGUAGUAUGCAUUGCAAAUAUGUCUGGGUCUGGAAGAUUCUGAGACUUGUCAUGCGGGUUUUGCAUGAGCCAUGAGGUCUAUGAUGCAUGCCCUAGCAUAACAGAUUUUUUGAGGGCUUUUUGAUGCCUAUUCCGCAUGACAAAUGCCCUCUCCGCGUAGCAAAAAUUACAUUCGUUCCCCUUGUUGCUCAUGCAAUGCAGAUUUUUUUGGAAGCCACAUGCAGCAUCACAAGUUGCAUUCUUCCAGACCCAGACAUUUUUACAUUUGAUAGGUAGAAAAACUCGACGUUGCGGGAGACUGCUCGAAUUUUCACUCCCUGCCGGACUUGGGCUUCGUCCUGAACAACCACAUUUUGAACUUGAAACCCGAAGACUACGUGGAACGUACUACUUGAUUGCACGGCGAUUUGUACUACCGGGAAAAAUGGUGUUGUGCAACAGAAUAGACUUACUGCUCUCGUCAGAUUCAUCAAUUCUUGCCACCGCAGCCAGAACCGCGGGAAUGGAAAUCGAAACUCCAACAAACACUUACUUAUAAAAAUUUAACAGGUCACCCGCUCGAGGGCUGCUCCGUCGCGCUGAUGGCCAUGGACGUGCCGCCACCGAAAGGACCGCUGUUUGUGUUUGGCGACCCGUUCCUGCGAAAGUACUACACGGUCUUCGAUCGCGCAAACCUGCGGGUCGGGUUCGCGCUGUCGGCGCGGAGCGGCGAGAAGGUCGGAGACAGGGGAAUUAUUUCCGCUCUCGGAAGUAAGAAAGUAGAAACGUUGAAAAAAUUGUCCAACAAGGCGAGCAAAGACGAAAGGACAGAAGAUCAGCUGUUGGAUGAACAAUCAUCCUCGAAACGCGAGCAGGAGGUAGAGGAUAGGGAAGGAAACGACGAGGAUUUCCGAUCACAUUUGAUGCAGGUCGAAGGCGUCGAUUACAGCAGCGAUCUCCACCAUGCCAAAACCACAGCACUAACAGCGGAUGUCUCAUCAGCGGGAACAAGAAGUCAUGGCAACCAACAGCGAAAAGAACAGACGGCGAAGCAGCGGAAACCGGUUCGGAGGCUCAAUGUGUACCGAAAUCGGAAAGCCGGCAGUGUGAAAAGGUAGCAGAAGGGGGGCUGACAAAGGUCGUUGAAGAUCUUGAUCUGGUGAAGAGCAUGGUUUUUCUUUUCCCUAAAAUGAACCGUUUUCCACUUGGUACUGAGAAUAACAUCCGCCCGAUGUAUUCUUUUCCGGAGUUUUUUAACCAAAUGAAAGAUUACG